GUCAACUACGUGUGUGAAUUUAUAGCAUACUUAUUUGCAAUCAGUUAAAGUAAAGAAGUACACUGUUUUACUCCCCGAAAACAUGGAUCGUCUUCUUCGACUUGGUGGCGCUAUGCCCGGUUUGACUCAAGCUCCGCCACCGACGGAUGCUCCGGUUGUGGAUACCGCCGAACAGGUCUACAUUUCCUCGCUGGCCCUGUUGAAGAUGCUGAAGCACGGACGAGCUGGUGUUCCAAUGGAGGUUAUGGGUCUGAUGCUGGGAGAGUUCGUGGACGACUACACAGUCCAGGUGAUUGAUGUUUUCGCUAUGCCACAAACCGGUACGGGUGUUUCCGUCGAAGCCGUCGAUCCGGUGUUCCAGGCAAAGAUGUUGGAUAUGUUAAAGCAAACGGGUCGGCCGGAAAUGGUCGUCGGUUGGUACCAUUCUCAUCCAGGGUUCGGCUGCUGGCUCUCCGGUGUCGAUAUCAACACCCAGCAGUCGUUCGAAGCUCUAUCGGAACGUGCGGUGGCCGUUGUAGUCGACCCGAUCCAGUCGGUGAAAGGAAAAGUGGUGAUUGAUGCCUUCCGAUUGAUUAACCCUAACAUGUUGGUUCUCGGACAGGAACCAAGACAAACGACCUCAAAUUUGGGUCAUUUGCAAAAGCCCUCAGUGCAGGCUCUGAUCCAUGGUCUGAACCGUCACUACUAUUCAAUCAGCAUUAACUAUAGGAAGAACGAGCUGGAGCAGAAAAUGCUGCUGAAUCUACAUAAAAAGUCUUGGAUGGAUGGUCUGACUUUGGCCAACUAUCAGGAACAUUGCAGUAUAAACGAGAGCACCAUCAGCGAAAUGUUGGAGUUAGCUAAGAAUUACAAUAAGGCCCUGGAAGAUGAAGAGAAGAUGACACCGGAACAGUUGGCGAUCAAGAAUGUUGGCAAACAGGACCCGAAGAGACAUCUGGAGGAGAAGGUCGACACGCUGAUGUCGAACAACAUUGUUCAGUGCCUGGGAGCAAUGUUGGAUACGAUCGUAUUUAAGUAAGGAUCUGUUUUUCCCACUUACAAUUAUUGUUUGUCACCAUACGCGAAGAAUCGGGAAUGAGGAGUUUCUCCCGGUGACAGGGUAAGGAUGCCAAUGAAUUGUCAAUCUAUAAAAUCUAUCUGUUU